AUGGCAACCACUCUGGUCAUGGAGACUGUCAUGCCGAAUGCCCUCAGCAACAAUGAUCGCCAGGCAAACUUGAUGAUGAACAUCCAGGAAACGCCAGAAAAGCUCCAGGCUACACCCACUCCCCUGGCAGCUGUGAAGUCUCCAUUUCCUUUGUUGCGUGCGAGCUCCUUGGAGGAUUGGUUGCAUCCGGAGUCCGCCCAGUUCAAUGGCCUGCUGAUGGAAAGAAAGGCCUGGUGGAAUGAUUGCCAAGGAGCCGUCGACCAGGUGUCUCGCGACCUCGGCGAGGAUGAGAAGUUGAUCGUUUCUGUGAAGCGUGGUCCGGAGGGUUUUGGUGACUUCCAGGAUGUGGCCGAGAAAAUCCUCCAGAAGGUCAACCUUCCUCAGGAUGUGAAGGAUGCGGUCCAUGGAGACAUCUGCCAGCUCGCCACCACGGUUGGGGAGCUAUGCCCUUGGGGGGACUCCUUGCUGGUCAAGCUGGAGCUGAUAGGGGAGAAGAGCUGCCGGCGGUGGCACCGAGAUUAUUAUUGCGCCAGGGCCAUUGUGAGCUACAAUUCAGCAGGCACACUCUACACCGCAGAUGACAAUGUGAACUUCUGGGAGCUGGAGCACAAGGGUGGAAAUGAGCGCAUUAUCCGGGACAAGUCGGAGAUUCGUUCUGCUGGUGUGGGCGACAUGCUCUUCAUCAAGGGGGUGAAGUUCCCAGAGCCUGUGAAGGGUUUGGUCCACAGGUCCCCGGAAACUCAGUACCACGACAACGGUCUGGCGGUGAAUCGCCUGGUGCUGAAGGUCGACGUGCCAGUGCCAGCAGCCUGGGAAAGUGACUGCGACUGCUGUCCAUGA